CCCCGACCAUUAAGAACGUUCGAAACGGUUCAUCUGUCCGAACCAUCCACGUGACUCAUUGAUGCGAAGAAGCACCACGCUUCGCAUCCGAGUCACGCGGCAUUCCUUCUCCCUCACCUUCAUUAUCUCACUAUCGUCGACAACCAGCAUGGUCUCUUAUUCCUUCUUACAUGAUACCUUCGUUUAUGUCGACUCUCAAACACACACUCUCGUUACUGUUUCCCCAUUCUCCCUUCACCGUACCGAAAACUGUCAACCGCUAUGCGAUUCUUGUCACUCUGUCCAAACCAAACCCUUUCGAUUCAACGCCACUUACUCUCUGCCUCCGUUUUCACCUAAUCAGUCGGCCUAGCCAUACUCGAGGACCCUUACGGUUCGCGACUAUAACUAGCCCAUGUACAUUUGAUAUCUACAGCGAAUUACCCGCUCCAAA